AUGGAAAAAGCUUCAGCUUGCAUCGAAAUUUUACCCAUACUGCUUAUAUUUUUGAUAGUGGAAGUCAAACCCUCUCAGUCAAUGUGCCUUUUACAUCUGUUUUCUUUUCUGGACAAGAACAGCAGGAAAAGUUUGGCAAAAACAUGUCACCAAAUGCUAGAAGUGUUUCAAGAUCCUUUACUGUGGUCGCUGUUGAAUUUUCAUUCUCCGGGGGAGCUGAAGAAGGAUAAUUUUCUCCUGGGACCUGCUCUGAAGUACUUAUCCAUCUGCUGGCAUUCGCAGCGAGUCAAGGUGUGCAAUAUCGAGGACUGGAUGAAAAACACUUUCCAGAAAGACUUCUGUUACAAGCAUGAAAAUAUUGUCAGUGAUUUUCUACUGGAAGUUUGCAACAGAUGUCCAAACCUGCUCUCUCUGACCCUCUCUGGAUGUGGCCACGUUACAGACAACUGCAUCUUGCUGCUUCUCAAGAACUGCCCCAACCUCGAGACACUCAAACUGGAAAACUGUGUGCGGAUCACUGACCUGACCCUGGAAGCCGUGACCCUCCACGGGAGGGCCCUGCGGACGCUGCACGUGGAUUUCUGCCGGAACGUAACACGGGCUGGGCUAGAGAGGGUCAGGGAGAAACGUCCUUCGGUAACACUGAGCGCAGAGAGAAGCGCUAACAUGAUUCCAGACAGCAAGCCAGAAAAGAAGUUCAUGCUUGAAAAAACAUCAAGAAAACUGGUUCAGCUUUAA